GCUCCCACCGCGGCAAGUUCCCGAGUCUGGAGACCGCGCCUUCCCGGGGAGGCAUCCCGGCCGGGCUGUAGGCAUGGCCCAGGAGAAGGAAAACGAAGACCCCGUCGGAUCUAUCUUAAUCCAGGUCCAUGAAGAUCUUUAUGAAUUAAGGGAGAAAUUAACAAAAUUCCCGCUUGAGGAAAAAGGCGGGGCUCUGGACAUUCAGAAUCUUGAAACAGCAAUCAAAAGGACUGAAAUGGGGUUAAAAAUACACAUUGAGAAGUAUUUAAACGUUGUACACCAACAUGUGUUAACAACUCCUAUUGAUUAUAACUUAUAUUCGUCUCAUGCUUCCAAAUGGUUGUUCCCAGCUGUAAUUGAUCAGAAAACAUUUAUUUUCCCUCUGGAAUCUGAGGGGAAACUUUGGCAACCCCAAAAGGAGCACAGUUCAUUUCCACGUGCCUUUCCAAGAGUAAAGCGAAAGACAGGGUUGAAUAUAAAAAUCAUGCAGGAUCCUGAAAGCACCCACCACAGAGCUGCUGUCAAUGCGACCUAUGGAAUCAGUUUGCCAUACAUUAACCAGAGAAAAGCAAGUGUGAAGGCUCAGAAGUUAAUAAAAGGUUCCACUAUAUCCAGCCUCACGGUUCUGCCAGCUUCUCAUCGCACGAAUCCCUAUUUCACCCCAGUGCCAGUCUUACAGGCAGAUGCCAACAAAGGGGUUUUAAGUAUGAUAGAACGAGGAUUGAUUCCACCAACAGCAAGAAUUACCUUUCAGAAUCCACCUAUUAUACCCAGAGCCGCUCCUCUGCAUCGUUUUGAUGAAGGACAUAAGAGUUUGGCUACCGCCCCGUUUGCUACACCCCAGAGAAAAGAGUCGAUUCCAGAGGAAAUGAAGACUCUCUCUCUCAAGAGACAGAGAUCAAAGUGGAAAGGCAGAAAGUCAAGAGGAUAUCAUGAUAAGAAGGCCGUGAAAGUGACAGCACCUUCUAAGACCCAGAAAUCACCGUGGGAUUAUGACUUUUUUAUUUACAAUGGUGUUGUAGACAAGACAGCCCCAGACUUCUUAGCUUUCAAGGAGCAUUACAGUCUGUCUUGGGGAAGUAUUUUUUCUCUCUUGGAACACAUCGAGAAGUUUCUCAAGGACUAUGCGAUACCAGAAGUCAAAAUAAAAGGUAACAGUUUAGUAACGCUCCUUCCAGAGUUUGAGCUGAAGAAUAAACUUACCAGAUCUGACCUUCUGUCAGUGUUAGAGAACCCAGUUGACAUCCAAAUGAUGUUAAAUCUUCCGGGGCAGAGGUACAAGGGCCAGGAUGGAAAGAUAGAGGCUGCCAUGAAGAUCCAAGCCACAUGGAAAUGCUACAAAGCAAGAAAAUUUUUCCAGACUUAUCGCCGGCAGAAAUGGGCAUCAGGUGUCAUCGCCAUUGCGUGGCUCUUACAUUGCCACAAGACCCGGCUCAGGAAGCUUCUGAAGGAAUCACGUGAAAGACACCUGGAGAAUUUCCGCAUCCGAGCCAAGCAUCUGGCAGCCAACUGGAAUCGCAUCAGGACCUCCAGGAGGACUAUUAUCCAUAUCCCAUCAUUAGGAUAUUCCCAGCCUGUGCGACAAAAUAUUGCCGAUUUCAACACACAGCAGAACACGCAGCUGGGGAGGCUGUGUGACAUCUUAGAUGCCAAAGUGAGCGUCAUCUACAUCUGCUCCCAUCGAAUGAAUGACGAGUUACUGCUGUAUUACAACAAAAUCCUGAGUCUACAGGCAGCUGUCAAAUCGGGGAACCUUGAGGACAGAAGUGACCUGCGGGACAGGUUCAAAAUUAUCACCCCUGAAGCUAUAAACAUCUUCACUAUAAUAGAACAGGUGAGUCAGCUGGUCACCGAUCACCUGGAAAUCCAACGCUGGCUCUUUAAAACAGACUAUGAGUUUGGAGGAAAUGGGACUGCGUUUUGUGACAUUCCCUCCCACCUAAAGUGCUACAAGUGGAUCCUAAAGGAGAGUCAGAGAUACAGUCGGGAAGACUGGAGAAAGAAAUGGGCACAAGAGCCAGCUUUGGUGAAGAUCUCCGAGGAGCUGGCGGGCAUUUUAGCACAGCACGCACAGCCAGUCAAUGGGAAACGGUUCCCAACAUGGAGGAAAUUCCUGCAAACAUUUCUCAGUCAAGGAGGCGUGAUUGAAGCGUACCCACCUUCAGAGAGUGUUACCAACGUGACGGUGGACAUGCUGAUAGAACCCAAUGGAGAAAUCAGGCUGCUGUCAACAGGCGACCAGUUUCAUGCUGAAGGCCCGUUCAUCUCCUCUGGGACCACCAUGCCUCAGACCUCCGUGGAUCCCCAAGUGCUCAGUUCUUUGUGCCUUCAAAUUGGGAAGGCUUGUAAAAUGGAAAACGUGAUUGGUCACUUUUCCGUAGACCUGGUGACUUUUAUUGAUCCGAGCACCAUGGAGCAGCAGGUGUGGGCAACAGGCCUCAACCUCUCGUACAGCGACCAGCUGGCCCUGACUCAGCUCACCUUAUACUUGACCAACGGCCACCUGGAUUGCAGUUUGAGCACCCUUGAAGUGCCCCGCUUUGCUCCCAAGAAAGACAAGAAAAUGAACAACCUAAAUGUUCAGAAAGUGCCGUCACAGGCAACCAGUCGCUAUGCGGUGAUGAGCACCCAGCUGAGGCAUGACACUCUCUCUCUGGUUUUCCACUACGUUUUUCUCCAAAUGUGUAAGGCCCAUGGCAUCGGCUAUAAUGUUGAGGACAGACAAGGAACUAUCUUUAUAUUAUUUGAAAACUUGAAGAGAGACAGGUUGGGAAUGUUAACAAUCGGUGAGGAUCUCCAGGGGGUCCUCAUGACCUUUGCUCGCAAUCUCUUCAUCAUCCAUCAAGAAAUAUCAGCACCUAAUAUGCAAGGCGAGACCAAUUUUAAGACUGCCAUUGAUGACCUUGAAGCCAUUCUAGGAGUAACAGAGGAAAACAAGUUGAGAUUUGAAGAAAACCUACAGUCCAAACAUUAAAAACCCUCUCUACACCUGAUAAAUGAAUGAUCCUGGAACACUUUACUGAUUUUGGAUUCCAAUCUGAAGCCAAAAAAUGGGCAACAUUCAUUUUUCUGUUAGGAAUAAAAGGAAGGGAAAGUUAGUUUGCUUUCUCUGCUAGGAAGGGUAACAGAAUAGAUUAUAAUGUAAUGCUUUCUUUAAAAAUUGUUUAUUAAGUAAUCUUAUUUUACUUAUCAAACCAAAACCUAUUUGUGUUAUCAUUUCAAUCUCUUCCUCUUCCCAAACACAAGAAGAUAUAAGCUAUCAAGAAAGUUACAAGUCUUACUAAUAUUACUUCUGCAUCUCUCUCUUUAUAAAUAAACUUCAGGAUUAUGAAGCUUUAAAAAAAAAAACACAAAUUCUA